AGCACUCGUAGGCAGCGACAUCAACAGCACCUCACAAGGAUCCGCGUGAAGCACCACAACUUUCAUUCAUUCAUCCAUCGGUGCGACAUGAUAAAGAAAAUGUCCCCAUCAGAUAAUGAGUUUGAUAUCCCGGCCAAGAACUGCCAGAGGAUGGUCAUUCUGGGCUCAACCAAAGUCGGGAAAACAGCCAUCAUCUCCAGGUUUCUAAACGAGAAAUGCGACGACCAGUACACGCCAACUAUCGAAGACUUUCACAGAAAGUUCUACAACAUCAGGGGAGAAUUAUACAAACUGGACAUUUUGGACACGUCUGGAAACCAUCCCUUCCCUGCUAUGAGGAGGCUGUCUAUUCUCACUGGUGAUGUGUUCAUCCUGGUGUUCAGUCUUGACAACCGAGAGUCCUUUCUGGAGGUGCAGCGGCUCAAGCGUCAGAUCCAUGAGACCAAGUCGUGUCUGAAAAACAAAACCAAGGACAACGCGGACGCCCCGGUGGUCAUCUGCGGCAACAAGUGCGACCGGGACUUCUACCGGGAGGUCCAGGAAGAAGAGAUCGAGCAUCUGGUGGCGGGGGACGAGCAAUGCGCGUACUUUGAAAUCUCGGCGAAAAGAAACACUAAUGUAGACCAGAUGUUCAACGCUUUGUUCACCCUGGCAAAGUUACCCAACGAGAUGAGUCCCGAUCGUCACCGCAAAGUUUCACAGCAGUACUGCGAGGUGCUGCAUAGAAAGUCGUCCAGGAGCAAGAAGGCGAAGGACGGCGACGCCUACGGGAUCGUGGCGCCGUUUGCGCGCAGACCGAGCGUGCACAGUGACUUGAUGUACAUCAAGGAGAAGGCUGUGGGAUCCAGCCAAACCAAAGACAAAGGAUGCAUCAUAUGCUAGGGAAUUAUUUUGAUGUUCAACGGACAGAUCGAAAUGAGACCUGAAGAAAUAAACUGUGAAACCAAGAAAGAUUGGACUCCAGAAUAUGGGAGAAUCACUGCGUUAGUUUGAAGGGCUGCGUAUCAGCCCGUGGAGAGCUCAGCCAGACGUUUGGCGAAGGGGAAAAACCGUUUACGUUUUGCUACUUUUUAUAAUGAACUUGAAUGUUUGUUGCAUUAUGAACAAAUGAGUUUGUAUUGUACGCCUAUAUUUAUUAUGUCAACAUUUGCUAUUUGUUAUAAAGAUGAAAAUAAAAAGUUUUCUUAAA